AUGAAGCCCAAGGUUCUCUUAUUCGACAUCGGCGGUGUCUGUGUCAGAUCUCCCUUUCAAGCCAUCCUCGACUACGAACUCGGCCUCGGAAUUCCACCGGGAUGGGUCAACUACUCCAUCUCCAAAACCUCGCCCAAUGGGUACUGGCAUCAGAUUGAAAGAGGCGAGAUCCCAAUGGAUGACUCCUUCUUUGAUGGCUUCGGGAAAGACCUUCACAACUCCAUCCGCUGGGAGGCAUUCUACAAACAGGAGCGGACCAAGAACCCUAAUCUACCCCAGAAAACGCCGCCGCUUCCAUCCGUCGAUGGGAAGUGGCUCUUUAAUGAGAUGAUGACGUCUUCUGACCAUCCUGAUCCUUGGAUGUUUCCGGCAUUGGAGAAGCUCAAGGAAAAUGGAAACUACAUUCUGGCCGCUCUGAGUAACACCGUCAUCUUCCCUCCUGGUCACAAGCUUCAUAUCAAGGAUUUUGGCGACAAUCACGUGCGGAGGGUGUUUGAUGUUUUUAUUUCCUCUGCUCACGUUGGCAUUCGAAAACCUGAUCCGAAGAUGUAUCAGUUUGCGCUUACCCAGAUCGACAAGUAUGCAAGGGACAAUGCGAACAGUCCGCGGGGUCAGCAAUUGGGUUGGAGUGAGGGCGUGCAGACGCAAGAUAUACUCUUCUUGGACGAUAUCGGCGAAAAUCUAAAAGAAGCCCGAAAUCAAGGCUUUGGGACGGUGAAGGUGAAUCUAGGGAGGGCGUUUGAGGCGGUAGACGAGCUAGAACGAGUGACGGGCUUGAAGCUUGCGGGGAACCAUCCUCGGGUGCCCAUAAAGCCCAACUACCGAGGUUCGAAAGCAAAGAUAUAG